AUGAAUCUGGCAACAGGAACGCGGACGCUGUGGCGAGGACCGCGACUAUUUGUUCAGCUGCGGACUGUCUCGACGUUGUCCAAUAACCCUCAUAUAUAUGUUUUUAAAGAUCCUCAAAACCCUAUCGCCCAUGUCCUGUCUCUCCUCCCCACAGACCCUCCGACUCGGUCACUAGCCAUUGGCACUACCUCCCAACUCCCACCUACGCCGCGAUCCUUCACCGAGAACCCCAAAUUUCUCCCUAUCCUACACUCGGUGAUUAGCGAGAAUGCCGCUUCCGACCCGGAGGUCCAGUCCCAAGCUGCGGUGAUGAUAUCUUCAUCCGGAUCCUCAUUCUUGCACACGGCUCGUCGCCAACAGACGGGUUCUUCAGGUGCCAGCGACCAGGGCGGCCACGGCAGCGCAGGUCGGGGAGGCUGGUUGCACGUCUCCGACCAGCGACGCAUCCCGGAUUUUGGACGCAUCGCGGAACCAGAAGACAUCUUUGGCAGUGUGGAAGUCGAUGGACACGGAAAUUUUGUCGAUGGUCAUGGAGGGUAUCAGCCCAGUGGAACGUAUCGGAUAUGCACGAAUGAUGGGAUUCUGGGCCUGACGGAUUUCAUGAGGCAGAAAUUGGUCGAGAGGCUGAAGGUGCAAGAGGCGGCGGAGAGGAACAAGCAGUGA